GCCAGCGCGCCGUAAGUGCGCAGGCGCGCCGAUCGCUCUCUUUUCUGCUCUUCUCCUCUCUCCAGACGUCAGAGGCCGUUGGGCUCUAUGUCGCGCCGGGCCCUCCGGAGGCUGCGGGGGGAACAGCGCGGCCAGGAGCCCCUCGGGCCCGGCGCCCUGCAGUUUGUCCUCCGUGAUGAUGAUGAUGCGGAAGAAGAAGGCCCAAAGCGGGGGCCAGAUGGCCGGCGCCCCCGGGGCUCGGGAAAGGAGGGCGUCCGAGUCAACAACCGGUUCGAGCUGAUAAACAUCGAGGACCUUGAGGAGGGACCUGUGGUAAAUGGGGAGAGGUCCGACUGUCUGCUCACGGAGGCUGUGGUGUCAAGGAACAAAAGGAGGUCCCCGAGUGGAAGUGCAGAGACCAAGAGAGAUGGAGAAGCGGCUGACAGGUCUAACGUAAGUGGCAAACUCCGAAAGAAGAAAAAGAAACAGAAAAAUAAGAAAAAUGCUACGGGAGAAACUUCGGAAAACGGGCUGGAAGAUAUUGACCGUAUCUUAGAGAGGAUUGAGGACAGCAGUGGCUUAAACCGCCCAGGCCCACCUCCCCUGAGCUCAAAGAAGCACGUCCUGUAUGUGGAGCACAGACACUUGAAUCCAGACACAGAACUGAAAAGGUAUUUUGGUGCUCGAGCUGUCCUGGGGGAACAGAGGCCGCGGCAGAGACAACGCAUCUACCCCAAGUGUACGUGGCUGACGACCCCUAAGAGCACCUGGCCCCGGUACAGCAAGCCAGGUCUGUCGAUGCGGCUGCUGGAGUCCAGGAAAGGCCUCUCCUCCUUUGCGUUUGAGCACAGCGAGGAGUACCAGCAGACGCAGCACAAGUUCCUGGCUGCUGUGGAGUCCAUGGAGCCCAACAACAUUGUGGUUCUGCUCCAGGCGAGCCCCUAUCACGUCGACUCACUCCUGCAGCUCAGUGACGCCUGCCGGUUUCAGGAGGAUCAGGAGAUGGCUCGAGACCUUGUAGAGAGAGCGCUGUACAGCAUGGAGUGCGCCUUCCACCCCUUGUUCAGCCUCACCAGCGGAACCUGCCGACUGGAUUACCGCAGACCUGAGAACAGGAGCUUCUAUCUGGCCCUCUACAAGCAGAUGAGCUUCCUGGAGAAGCGCGGCUGCCCCCGCACGGCGCUGGAGUACUGCAAGCUCAUCCUGAGCCUUGAGCCGGACGAGGACCCCUUGUGCAUGCUGCUGCUCAUCGACCACCUGGCCUUACGGGCACGGAACUACGAGUACUUGGUCCGCCUCUUCCAGGAGUGGGAGGCUCAUCGGAACCUGUCCCAGCUCCCAAAUUUUGCCUUCUCCGUGCCGUUGGCAUAUUUCCUGCUGAGUCAGCAAGCAGACCUUCCCGAGCAGGAGCUCAGCUCUGCGAGGGAAAAGGCCUCUCUCCUGAUCCGACAGGCGCUCACCAUGUUCCCUGGAGUCCUCAUGCCCUUGCUCGAGUACUGCAGUGUGCGGCCUGAUGCAGCCGUCGCCAAUCACCGCUUCUUUGGACCCGACGCCGAGAUAAGCCAGCCUCCCGCCCUGAGACAGCUGGUGAGCCUGUACCUCGGGAGGUCACACUUCCUCUGGAAGGAGCCCGCCACCAUGAGCUGGCUAGAGGAGAACGUCCGCGAGGUUCUGCAGGCAGUGGACGCUGGGGACCCUGCCGUGGAAGCGUGUGAGAGCAGGCGGAAGGUGCUCUACCAGCGUGCACCCAGAAAUAUCCACCGCCACGUGGUCCUCUCUGAGAUCAAGGAAGCUGUGGCGGCCCUGCCCCCGGAUGUGACCACACAGUCUGUGAUGGGCUUUGACCCUCUGCCUCCUUUGGACACCAUCUACUCCUACGUCAGACCAGAGAGGCUAAGUCCUGUCAGCCACGGAAACACGAUCGCCCUCUUCUUUAGGUCGUUAUUGCCAAAUUACACCAUGGAGGGGGAGAGGCCAGAGGAUGGAGGGGCCGGGGUUCUGAACCAUAACCAGGGCUUGAACAGGCUGAUGCUGGCUGUGCGAGACAUGAUGGCCAACUUCCACUUCCACGACCUGGAGGCACCUCGCGAGGACAACCCCGAGGGAGAUGGGGAGUGGGACUGAGUCGGCACAGAUGCCCGCCCCAACGCUGUACAAUUAUGUUCCUGAUUUCUGUUCUGGUCUGAAUUGGCCAGUUCCCUGAAGUAGAAAUACUGAUGUGUUGUCCGCCUGCCUCUUCUGUUUCUCCCAUAAACAUGAUGGGUUAUGUUCUGUG